AUGGCACUCUGCGCAACCAGCACAGCCGUCAUCGCUUACGCGCUCUGUUCUCAGCACCACAGCCUCCUUCGCGCAAGAAGAGCUAUUGAACAACACGUCGAUGUCGGUGAUGUCGCUGUGCGUCAUCCCAGCGAGGUGGACGUCGACUACGGAACGCAGAAUGAUCAGCCGGCACAUGUAACGUCCAGUGGCCAGCGUGGGAGAGCAGACCUAAACUUGAACAAGAGCUCACGAGCGUCCGUGUCAAGGGACCUUCGGCGGGUUCGCUUGCAUACUCGAGCACAGGGCAUUCAAAGAAGCUCCAAGCAGUCUCGACAUCAUGUUCAAGUUCGCGAUCGAAUGCCCGAGGCUUUUCAUAACAGCAUUGGCCAUGGUUUUCCUUCUGAAGUGCUUGGAGUCAUACGUCAACGAUCCAUCGAUUCCCAGCGCGGGGGACUUUCCCAUCCUCAAAAAGCCGCAACAUUUCUCGGUGGUCACGCUGCCAUGCCGCUAUACAGGCACCUGGGUCUCGCGAAGACGGCAACCGGGGCAGAAGAAGCACCACCACCGCCACCACACGGCCGGCGGCCGCCUCGUCACAUCGUCAAACGUUCUUGA